UGUACGCAUUGGCAGUAGUAUAAAAUAUUAUCUAAACAUAAGUUAUAUUAGUAGUCUUCCAAAAUAAAACUAACGAUUAGAGGAUAACUUACUGCAUAAAGCUACAUAUAGCUGCAAUAGUUAGCUAAUUUUAGCUAACUUGCGCUCCUAAAAUGUCUCGAUAUCGAGAUCCUCAUCUCCCUCUGGCAUCCCUGCGCCUCCUGGUUCCUCCACUGAGGUUGAUGUCAGCCUGUAUGUGGCAGGUGGCCCAGGAGCGAGAUGUAGAUCAGUAUGACAAACUGGCUGGAUUCAUCACAUUAGUGACGGAGAUGGUCCAAGAGCUUCUGAGCUACAAACAGAGGACUCAGCUCAUCCUGGGACUGAGAGCUCGGAUCAUUUUGGAAUAUCUAAAGAAGGUGGAUCCCAUUGACUGCAAUGCCAUCCAGGAACACCUCAGCAUUUUCCAAAAGAGUGCAAUAAACUGCAAGGAGGAAGAGGAUCAAGAUGGAGAGGUGGACUUGUCAAAAUCGGCAUUUAUGGAGCUGGUUCAGACAUUACUCGAUGACAAAUAUGAAAAGGAUAAAUUUCUCAAGGAUGUAUUCCCAGCACUGUAUGGAGCACGUUUUGAUACAGUUCUGCAGAUCCUAGUGUGGGAGUUCUUCUACAGACUGGAAGAGUUUCUUCCAGUUCCAAGUUUCUCAAAGGUCCCCUCUUUGUUUGACCUGUCCUGCUUUGACCUCCAGUUUGAGCAGUUUGUCUCUGAUUAUGACGAUCUGAGGAAGAUUCUGCAGCAUCAAAAGCGAAGACAAACGUUGACUAAAAAUCAUGUCGGCAGCUUAGUCCAUCAAAGCACCUAUUGUUCCCUACCAGUCACAAUCACCUCAGGGGAGCCUGCAGUAGGCAGUACCAGAGUCCAGGAGAGAUGCAGUGCUGGAGGGUUAAAGCAAAACGUGUGUUCCAGUGCAGAGGAAACUGAAAACCUCACCUGUCCUGUGUGCUGUAUGGGUUUUAGGAAACCAAUAGCAUUAAGACGUCAUCUAAAAGCUCAACGUUCGACGUUCAAGACGCUCCAGAAGCUGUACCACUGUGACAAAUACGAGAAGACUUUCCAGACAAAGCGUCGUCUGGAGCAGCACCUUCAAGCCCAUGCUGAAGUGAAACCGUAUGUUUGUUCCUACUGUGGCAAAGGGCUUCCGUGCCCGAAAGUGCUGAAAACUCAUUUGCGCCUCCACACCGGGGAACGUCCAUAUGCCUGCAAGUUCUGCGAUAACAACUUCGACCAGGGUUACUCACUGACGCAGCACGUCAGAGUGCACAGAGGGGAGAAGCCGUACCUGUGUAGUGAAUGUGGAAGAGCCUUUUCCAACUCGAGCACUUUUCUGGUCCAUUCACGGCGGCACACGGGUGAAAGGCCGUAUCACUGCAAGGACUGUGGAAAGGAAUACAUCACACUGCAAAGGCUCAAAGUCCAUCAACGAAUUCACACAAACGACCGUCCAUUCCCCUGCCCCCAGUGUAGUAAGUGUUUCCGUUGCCAAUCGUUCCUCACUGAGCACAAAAAAAUUCACACCGGAGAAAGACCUUUUAAAUGUGUUGCGUGUGACAAAAGAUUUUACACAAAAAACAACCUGAAAAUACAUCUGCAAAGUCACAAGACCAUGAGAAAAGCUAAAGCAUCUACAGAGUGAUCUUUUCUGUGUAGACCUGAUACUUUACCUAUUCUCUCUGAUAUGUGGACCAUUUGAGCAUCUGGAUGUUUGAACAUUUCAAGUUUGUGUUUGCAUCUGGUACAAUAAUAAAUGUUAAGUUUGCCCCAGUCUUCAGUGCGUACAUGGUCCCUGCAGUCUCGUCACCUUCAAGUCUACAAGGUCGGCACAGUGAAGACCCUGCAACUCUUUGCCCCUUCCACUGUACGCUGAUUGCACAUCUGGAUUUUAAUAACAUUGUAUAAAGUUGUUUGCAAGUGGUACCGUACAUAAGCGAGACGAGCAGAGUUCAGUAAUCAUUUCUGCUGUUACUGCCGUUUGUUCAAUAAGGAAUGUCACAUUUUAUUGCCUCCUUGCAUAUGAAUAGUUUUUGUAUACAUCCCAGAAUAAAAUAAUUGGUAUCCGAUCAAAAGUUA